GGAAACUAGUAGAGCGGUUCAUUUGAUAUAUAUUAGUCUGAAGUAGCCACGCGUCAAGUUGCUUGUAAAGCUUUGAUUCGGUUUGGUUAAUCCUCUGAAGAAAAGUCUGAGCUAAUUUUUUUCGAAUGGUGGCAACAUGAGCUCCUCUGAAUUUAGGGAUGAAAACUUACAAUACACAUACCACACUAAUUCAGAAACUUCAAUACCUAAAGCCUCAGGAGGAAGCAAUACUCGGGAUUCUUCUUUUGAUGCUCCAGGUGUUGCAGAUGUUACGUUGGGCAAAGAGUUAGUUAGAAGACCUAUUCUAUAUAAAAGAUCUGAAACAAAUAUUCCUAACAUAUGUGUUGACUCAUCGUCACAGAAUUUCAAGCAUCAUUUGAAAAAAUUACAUAUUGCUGUUAAUAAGAUUUUGGAAAAUGACCGCCUUACUAAAUAUAGAAACCAGUCGAAAAAGAAUUUCAGAGGAAAUCAGGAAGCUUGUGAGAAAAUGUUGGAUGCCGUUAGAGAGCUUGGGUCCUUUAUUGUUCAGCGUCAAAACACCUCUCCAAUUGGUCAUCACAUUAGACCUACUAAGGAUAUACAGUCCCGCUUUCCUACGAGAGUGCGAUCGAAAAGUACUACCCAUGAUGACUCAAUUAGCCAUAAACGUAAUUUAACAGUGAGGAUGGGGCAUAGUCUCAAAUCAGUCAGACGUCCUACAUCACUGACUAAAAGGUCAAAAUCUCCAAUCAAGCGUUCAGUUUCUCCUUAUCCGGUGAUUGAUACUGAAAACUCUUGCUGUUCUAAGCAUUCGGGACAUUUUAAGGGUGUAAACAUAUCUUCUCAGCGUGAAACAAAAUAUAGAUUUCCAGUCAAAAAUGAUACCUUUAUAGCUUCAAAACAGGAAACUGAAAAUGUCCAGGCUUCAGAAGAUUUUACAAAUCCAGAGAUUGCUUGUUUAGAAGCUGAAUUAUCACAUCGUGAUACAUUGAUCAAAUAUUUAUCAGACCAAUUAUUUAAAUUAUAUCAAGAUAAUGAUAGAAUAUUUGCUGAAUAUGAAUUACAAGAAGCUAAUUUAACUAAAUAUUUACAUUCAUUAAGAUCACGUUUAACUGAAACAAAUACUAAUUUAAAUCAACAACAUACUACUCAUAAUACUACUAAUAAUACUAAUUCUAUUCAUACUGAUUACAUAACACAUAUUACUCAAUCUAUAUCUCAAGAUAUUCAUAUUAAUAUCACAGAUUCUAUUUUACAUCAUUUUGCUAAAGAAAUCAAUGAUAAAAUCAUAAAUCCCGGUAUAAAUAAUAAUAAUAAUAAUAAUAAUGAUAAUGAUGUCAUAGUUACUAUGAAUCCAAUUCAAAGAAUAGAACAAUCAUUCAUAUCUGAAUUAAAAGAUCUUCAUUUAGCUACACAGAAUUUAUUAAAUUAUUGGGAAAUAAAAAAUCAUCAAAUGAAUUAUCCUAUUGUAUGUCAACAAUUUUUUAAUGCAUUACUUAAUUUUUAUAUUAUUUCAAUGAAUUCUUAUCAAUUAAAUAAUCAAUUUAUUGAUCCAAAUAUUAAAGAUUUACAAAUGAAAGCAAAUCAUGCUGAACAACAAAUUAUUGAUUUAUCAAAUGAAAUUAAACAAUAUCAAUAUCAAUUAAAUCAAUUAAAUGAAAAAUUACAAAAAAAUCAAUUAGAAGAAACAAAUCAUCAUUUAUUGAUUAGUGAUUAUUUUUUAUCAUCAACAAAUUCUUCAUCUAAUAAUAAUAAUAAUAAUAUAAUUACUUAUUUAUCUGAUACAGAUCAAACUCAAUGUAUAUUAUCAUCACCAUCAUCAUCAUCAUCAUUAUUAUUAGAUCCAGGAUCAAGUUCCCAAACUUAUGAAUCUAUACCAAAAAUAAAAUCAAUAGACGAUCAAACUAUAUUCCCAUCAAAAUCGAUAAUAAUGCCAAUCGAUAUUUCAACAACCACCACCACCACAACAACAACAACAACAAUACCAGUUUAUAAUUCGAUUAAUAAUUUACUUCAACGUUUAUGGGGAAUGUUAUCGAAAGAAUCAAAGUUAACUAGUACAGAUUUACAUCAAUCUAAAUUAUGGAUUAGUAAUAAAGAGGAUUAUGAUACAUUAUAUGAAGCAUAUAAUAUUAUUGAACAAUUUCAAUGGUAUAUACAAAAUAAUAAACUUUCAUCAUUUAAAUCAUCUAGUUUAGUUGAGUCACAAUCUUCACUGUCAACAACAACAACAACAACAGCAACAUAUUUUGCACCAGAACUAGUUGCUAAUGAAAUCAAUAGAACAACCGCAACUGAUAAGUCUAUACCUGUUGAAGUUUCAUCAAUAACUAGCCUUACAGAUCAGUCGACAAUUACUGCUUUAAAUUCUAAUCAACAUAAAAUAAAAGAUAUUGAAGAGGUAAAUUUGGAAUCAUUCAAAAUGGAAGAGUUAUCUUCUUGUACAAAGUAUGCAACAAAAUCAAUUUACUUAACAGAUAUGUGUACAUCUACAAGUGAUCUGUUAACAUUGUUUAUUAAUCAAGAUCAAAAUCAUCAGUUGAAUAUGCAACAGGUUAAGCAAAUGAAUGAUCAGAUAAUAUCAACAGAUGAUCUUAUUCAAACAUCAUCAUUGGAUAAAGAAGCUUUACAUAAUGGAGAAUUAUCCAAUGUACAGUCUUUGACUAAAGCAUUUUUAAAUCAAGUCAGUACAAUUAUAUCAAAUUUACAUCAGUAUAUACCUGAUCAAGAUAAUCAAAUUGAAUAUGAAUCACCUGAUCACUACCUUACUGAUGAUAAAAGUUUUUCGAUUCAUAAUGCAAAACGUUUACUAGUAAAUACAGAGGAAUAUGAUCAGAAAUAUCCACUUUAUUCAGCUGAACAAUCACUUAUUCACCUAACUGAAUUACAAGAAAUUCUACAACAACAAAUCAUUAGAAAACAAGAUACUUUUGUUGAACAAAUUGAACAGGAUAAUUAUUCAUUCAAUCAAGAAAUUGAUAGAUUAUUAGAUGACAAACCUGAAAUCACAGAAUUGAACUUGACAGAAAAGCUACAGUCUGCGUUACAUAUUAUAUAUGAAGAGUUAUCUUUGUGUCAGCAUUUAGUAGAUAAACUUUUGAGUGAAAAAACAAAACACUGCAAACUUAUAGCUAUACAAGCAUCACAAAUAGAAGAUUUGAACAAAGAAUUAAGAGAUUAUGACUAUAAAUUAAAAGCUAUUUCAACAGGACAUAACAUUGUCCCACAUAAUAACGACGAGACGUAUGAAAAUAAUUGCUACGAGAGAAAUGAUGAAAAGGUAAAAAGUGAAUGUUAUAUAUAUCAUCAUAAUCAAUAUCCUAAUUCACUUAUUGAUUCAUCUACAAAUCCAAAUAAAACCAUAAUAAAUGAACUAAAAUUAACUAACCAGACAGAGAUUGAACAAACAACUAUAAUGUCCAAAGAGGAGAAAGAAUAUCGAACAAUAGCCAAAAUUGAAGAAAAAAAAUCCACAUUAGAUAAAGAAACAAUAAUAACUUCACAAUUUACCGUGGACAUGACGAGAGAGAAGCUAGUGAGUUCAAGUUUGUGUGAAGAUGAGUCGAAUGUGGUUGGUCAACUGCGCGAAGAGUUGACGUCUUGUUAUGAACAGAUAGUGAAGCUGUCUAGAUCGGUGGAGGAGAGUGAUGCUUCGUUGAUGGAUGUCCGGCGUUUGUUGACUGUGAAGGAGAGUGAAGUGGCGGAUCUGAGAGAGGAGAAGCGUCAUUUACGAGACGAAGUGAAUGAGUUGAGGGAGACUGUAGAGGCAGAACGACGUGAUUUGGACAUAAUGCGUGCAAAUAUGGAUGUGUUGGAGAGCAAGGAAGAGGUGUCGGCGAUGUGCGUGGAGUGUCGUGGACCGAACGUUGCUGCUGCUGCUGCUGCUGCUGCUGCUGCUGCUGUGGAGGAGGAGUGUGUGCAGACGGAGAUUGACGACGAAGUUUUUGACCUGGUGUCGACGUUGCAGCUCGAGGUUGCCCAUCUGCGUGAGGAAAAUGCGGCGACGUUGGCGGCUCUGGAGCGUUCACAGCUCGAGUUGAGCAUGAAACAGACCGAAGUGCAGGAACCGGAGUCACGUAUGAUGGUGAACGAGACAACUUGUUGGAUUCCUUGUGAGACUGUGAGAAAGGCGCCCGAUGUGGUUGUCCGUGAGUUGGCAGAGGUUGAUGACACAGACAGAGUGGAGGCAGACGUGUUUGCCGGAGUUCCUGACAUGCAGCUGGUGGAGACUGUUGCAAGCGACUCAGUGUCAGGCAUUGUGCCUGAUCGAAUGGACAGACAAACUACGGACUUGUGUGUUGAGGGCGUUUCGAACGAGGAAGUGGUCUUGCCCAUUCACGCCACUCAGAGUUGGACGAAACCGCCGAGUGAACAAGACAAUGACGAUCCCGAACUUGCCCUGUUGAAUACAGACAGCCUAAGAGCGCGAUUGAAGGAGGCCAUGAGCAGAAUCUGCGAACUUGAGAAUGCCAAGACAGAGUUGAGUGUGCGUCUGCGUGAGCUGGAAGGCGUUAUGAUGUGUGAAGAUAAGCCGAUGGAUGUGAUGCCUCUUAGUUCUCGUGUGCCUGACCGGUCGAUGAAAGUGACGGACGAAGCUGAUGCACUGUCGAAGCACAACAAAGAGCUGAUGACAGAGGUAGACUUGUUACGAAGUAAGAUUUCAGAGCGCGUGACACUGUUGGACGAUGUGUGCAUGGAGAUGGAUGAGGUCAGAGGAUCACUGGGUUUCUUGUUGAAGCAGGUGAGAGAAUUGCGUGCAGCACAUGCUGAGGCGAAUGCUGACCGCGCCGAAAUGGCGAACAGAAUGAGUGAGUACGAACGGGUUUCACAUCGCCUGUGCGAAACAGUUGGUCGAUCCACGUCACCAGUGCAAGACAUCGACUAUGCACACGAAGGCUCGUCGACUGACCGUUGCACAUCAGACGGGUUGCGAGAGGAUUUGCAGCGUGCACUGGAUACACAAUCGUUCGAGCUGGAGGCAGUCACUGAGAAACUGAAAGAAUGUGAGUCAAUGAACAAUGCCCUGAUCUGUGAGUGUGAGUCGCUGAAGCGUCGUCUAGAGAGUUAUAUGACUGUGAUUACUGACUUGGAGAAUGAUGUGACCAAGACGAAAGCACUGUUGGCGUUUGUGGUUGACCAUAUAAGAGGUCUGCGUUCCGACUAUGGAGAUUGGUGCAGAGAGCACGAACAACGAGUGCAGGAGUGUUUAGAUGCCGUCACAACAGGGUUGUCCCAUGGUGUGGUUGAACACGUGGACCGUGAGUGUGAGACAAUGACAUGGCCAGAACACUUGGAGUCUACUGUUAUGCUUGAUAGCUUUGUGCGACUACAAGAGUCUCAUGAAGUGACGUCGAUGCAGAGAGGACAAGAUUGGGAUUCGGUAAGUGAGAUGAGCAGACUGUGCGACCGGAACCGUGAGCUGUCUGAGGAGCUCUGCAAGUGUCGAGACCUGUGUGAUAAGCAGGCAUCUGAGAUGGUGUUGAUGCAAACAGCUCUUCGUCAGGCAGUCGAACAGGCGUCAACUGCCCGAGAGGAACUGGAGGCCUAUAGACACGAGAAGGUUUGCGCAAUGUCAGAUCUGGAGAGUCAACUGUCUGCUUCUCGUGACGAGUGUUCUGCACUACGGGAUCAAGUGUGUCGGCUUGAGACAUCGAUGGAAGAGCAUUGCAACACAGUGUUGGCGAUAGCCAGUCGAGACUGGGAGUCGCGCGUAAACGAAAUUGUGAGAGAACGCGACACAGCCAUGAAAGAGUUGUUGGAACUGCGUAGUAGGUUGGAUAUGGCAGACGAUGUGGACGCCAGGUUGGCAAAAACAGUGUGCAGAAGUGACAUGGGAACUGACGUGCUAGAUCGUAUGAUUGAACGUGAUAUAGCUUUGUCAUCAGGGUUCACUAGUGAUACGAGAGAGACUGUGAGCGUGGGCGUUGGUAAAGAUGCAGAGGACGACGAGUCGAAUUGCAUGGUUGUUGACGGUUGGAGCGACUACUCCUCAGAAUGCAUACACGACGAGCACAAGCCUAGUGUGUCGGUUGGUUCUCCGACUAGACUUGUGAGUGUGGCGACUCAAGCGACAGACAGCGUGUCUUGGUUGGCUACUGACACAUUGUCAACUUCAGGAUUUACCGAUCAGUCGACCGUAGAUCAGUCGACCAGGAGUCCAGUGGAGAUGACGAGAGAGAAGCUAGUGAGUUCAAGUUUGUGUGAAGAUGAGUCGAAUGUGGUUGGUCAACUGCGCGAAGAGUUGACGUCUUGUUAUGAACAGAUAGUGAAGCUGUCUAGAUCGGUGGAGGAGAGUGAUGCUUCGUUGAUGGAUGUCCGGCGUUUGUUGACUGUGAAGGAGAGUGAAGUGGCGGAUCUGAGAGAGGAGAAGCGUCAUUUACGAGACGAAGUGAAUGAGUUGAGGGAGACUGUAGAGGCAGAACGACGUGAUUUGGACAUAAUGCGUGCAAAUAUGGAUGUGUUGGAGAGCAAGGAAGAGGUGUCGGCGAUGUGCGUGGAGUGUCGUGGACCGAACGUUGCUGCUGCUGCUGCUGCUGCUGCUGCUGCUGCUGCUGCUGUGGAGGAGGAGUGUGUGCAGACGGAGAUUGACGACGAAGUUUUUGACCUGGUGUCGACGUUGCAGCUCGAGGUUGCCCAUCUGCGUGAGGAAAAUGCGGCGACGUUGGCGGCUCUGGAGCGUUCACAGCUCGAGUUGAGCAUGAAACAGACCGAAGUGCAGGAACCGGAGUCACGUAUGAUGGUGAACGAGACAACUUGUUGGAUUCCUUGUGAGACUGUGAGAAAGGCGCCCGAUGUGGUUGUCCGUGAGUUGGCAGAGGUUGAUGACACAGACAGAGUGGAGGCAGACGUGUUUGCCGGAGUUCCUGACAUGCAGCUGGUGGAGACUGUUGCAAGCGACUCAGUGUCAGGCAUUGUGCCUGAUCGAAUGGACAGACAAACUACGGACUUGUGUGUUGAGGGCGUUUCGAACGAGGAAGUGGUCUUGCCCAUUCACGCCACUCAGAGUUGGACGAAACCGCCGAGUGAACAAGACAAUGACGAUCCCGAACUUGCCCUGUUGAAUACAGACAGCCUAAGAGCGCGAUUGAAGGAGGCCAUGAGCAGAAUCUGCGAACUUGAGAAUGCCAAGACAGAGUUGAGUGUGCGUCUGCGUGAGCUGGAAGGCGUUAUGAUGUGUGAAGAUAAGCCGAUGGAUGUGAUGCCUCUUAGUUCUCGUGUGCCUGACCGGUCGAUGAAAGUGACGGACGAAGCUGAUGCACUGUCGAAGCACAACAAAGAGCUGAUGACAGAGGUAGACUUGUUACGAAGUAAGAUUUCAGAGCGCGUGACACUGUUGGACGAUGUGUGCAUGGAGAUGGAUGAGGUCAGAGGAUCACUGGGUUUCUUGUUGAAGCAGGUGAGAGAAUUGCGUGCAGCACAUGCUGAGGCGAAUGCUGACCGCGCCGAAAUGGCGAACAGAAUGAGUGAGUACGAACGGGUUUCACAUCGCCUGUGCGAAACAGUUGGUCGAUCCACGUCACCAGUGCAAGACAUCGACUAUGCACACGAAGGCUCGUCGACUGACCGUUGCACAUCAGACGGGUUGCGAGAGGAUUUGCAGCGUGCACUGGAUACACAAUCGUUCGAGCUGGAGGCAGUCACUGAGAAACUGAAAGAAUGUGAGUCAAUGAACAAUGCCCUGAUCUGUGAGUGUGAGUCGCUGAAGCGUCGUCUAGAGAGUUAUAUGACUGUGAUUACUGACUUGGAGAAUGAUGUGACCAAGACGAAAGCACUGUUGGCGUUUGUGGUUGACCAUAUAAGAGGUCUGCGUUCCGACUAUGGAGAUUGGUGCAGAGAGCACGAACAACGAGUGCAGGAGUGUUUAGAUGCCGUCACAACAGGGUUGUCCCAUGGUGUGGUUGAACACGUGGACCGUGAGUGUGAGACAAUGACAUGGCCAGAACACUUGGAGUCUACUGUUAUGCUUGAUAGCUUUGUGCGACUACAAGAGUCUCAUGAAGUGACGUCGAUGCAGAGAGGACAAGAUUGGGAUUCGGUAAGUGAGAUGAGCAGACUGUGCGACCGGAACCGUGAGCUGUCUGAGGAGCUCUGCAAGUGUCGAGACCUGUGUGAUAAGCAGGCAUCUGAGAUGGUGUUGAUGCAAACAGCUCUUCGUCAGGCAGUCGAACAGGCGUCAACUGCCCGAGAGGAACUGGAGGCCUAUAGACACGAGAAGGUUUGCGCAAUGUCAGAUCUGGAGAGUCAACUGUCUGCUUCUCGUGACGAGUGUUCUGCACUACGGGAUCAAGUGUGUCGGCUUGAGACAUCGAUGGAAGAGCAUUGCAACACAGUGUUGGCGAUAGCCAGUCGAGACUGGGAGUCGCGCGUAAACGAAAUUGUGAGAGAACGCGACACAGCCAUGAAAGAGUUGUUGGAACUGCGUAGUAGGUUGGAUAUGGCAGACGAUGUGGACGCCAGGUUGGCAAAAACAGUGUGCAGAAGUGACAUGGGAACUGACGUGCUAGAUCGUAUGAUUGAACGUGAUAUAGCUUUGUCAUCAGGGUUCACUAGUGAUACGAGAGAGACUGUGAGAGUGGGCGUUGGUAAAGAUGCAGAGGACGACGAGUCGAAUUGCAUGGUUGUUGACGGUUGGAGCGACUACUCCUCAGAAUGCAUACACGACGAGCACAAGCCUAGUGUGUCGGUUGGUUCUCCGACUAGACUUGUGAGUGUGGCGACUCAAGCGACAGACAGCGUGUCUUGGUUGGCUACUGACACAUUGUCAACUUCAGGAUUUACCGAUCAGUCGACCGUAGAUCAGUCGACCAGGAGUCCAGUGGAGAUGACGAGAGAGAAGCUAGUGAGUUCAAGUUUGUGUGAAGAUGAGUCGAAUGUGGUUGGUCAACUGCGCGAAGAGUUGACGUCUUGUUAUGAACAGAUAGUGAAGCUGUCUAGAUCGGUGGAGGAGAGUGAUGCUUCGUUGAUGGAUGUCCGGCGUUUGUUGACUGUGAAGGAGAGUGAAGUGGCGGAUCUGAGAGAGGAGAAGCGUCAUUUACGAGACGAAGUGAAUGAGUUGAGGGAGACUGUAGAGGCAGAACGACGUGAUUUGGACAUAAUGCGUGCAAAUAUGGAUGUGUUGGAGAGCAAGGAAGUGGUGUCUGAUAUACGUUCUCAUCGUGUUCUUUUUUCAGAUCGACUUGGUUUUUGUGAUAGUGCUGACGUCGACGGUGCACAUAGUAUAUUUUUGCAUGAUGAGCUUUCUGAUCUUAAGCAGAAAUUUUCAAGAAUUUCAAUGUCGUUAGCGUUUGCUACGGAUUUUGUUGAUUUAUGUAUGAAGUUACUAUCAGUUUUUGUAAAUUUACUUUUGGAUUUAUCUAGAUUUUCAAAUACCAAUUUUGAUCGUAUAUUGUGUGCUGAUUUUAUAGAUCUUUUGUCAGAUAUUGUUUCUUUUUCAAAAUCUUCUAAUUUUGUUGAUGUUUUUGGUGAUUAUUCUAAUAGUUUGACAUAUUUCAGUAAUCUACAUGAAUUACUGUUAUCCGGUUGUCUAUCUUCCUGUAGUUUAUGUAAAAUCCAAGACGUUUGUCAUCGUAGUUUUAUAUGUAAUUUAUGUAUUCGUUGUAUUUCUUCUAUCCAACAUCCUGAUGUUUACAAUGACAUAUUAAAAGCACAAUAUCCUCACAUUAAUCCAAUGAAUGGUACCGAUGAUAAUGAUCAUGAUGAUCAUGAUCAUGAUGUGAACGCUUCUGGUGAUUUGUUAUCUGAUCAUCAUUCUAAUACAAUUUAUCCACAAUUUAUAUUACAACAAUCAAUAUCUAAUGAAACUCAACAAAUUGAUCUUGAACAUCAACUUCUUAUUGCUAAAUCAGAAAUAAAUCGAUUAUCUCAUCUAUUAUAUAAUAUAAGACUAAAUAGACAUCAUGAACAAGAAGAAGUCAAAGAAAAAGAAGAAAAACAAAUACAAAAGAAAUUCAAUAAUGAUACACAAUUAGAAAUUGAAAAAAUUUAUUUUGAAAAUUUAUAUUUAACUAAACAAAAUAAUCAAUUAGUAAUAAUCAAUAAUCAAUUAUAUCAUAAAAUAUUGAAUGAAAUUACAAAAGAAUUAAACAUAUUCCAAUCAUUAAUCAAUAAUAAUAAUAAUAAUAAAUCAAUAUCCAAUGAAGAAUCAAUUGAAUGUGAUCAAUACUUCAAAUUUAUUGAUUAUUUAUUAAAUAAUAGAAAAGAAUUAAUCAAAGAAAUUAUUGAUUAUAAAAAUAAUUAUAAUAUCAUUUAUCAAUUAUUAAUUGAAGGUUUAUAUUUAAAUAAAAUAAAUGAAUUAAAACAAACUACAAAUCAAUAUUGUUAUUGGAAGAAAGUAGAAAAUAUUAUUCAUUCUAAUAAUAAUUUAAUAUCAAGAUCUAGUUCUAUAGAAAAUGAAUUCAAUGUACUUGUUCCACCACCACCAUCAUCAUCACCACCUCCACCACCACCACAACAACAAGAACAAUUAUACGAAUUCAAUAAUUCUAUAAUCCAAACUGGUCAUUGUUUGCUGAAUAAAAUAAAUAAAAUCAUAUCAAAAAUUGAAAAAAUUGAAAUGGAUUUAAAUAAUUCAAAAUGUAUUCAACAACAAUUGAUUGAUUUGAAAAAAAUCAAUAAUCAAUGGAAAAUCAAUAUGAAUAUAAUAUUGAAUGAUUUAUUGAUUUUACGAAAUAAAAUCAAUAAUGAUCAUGAUAUAGCAACCGCAACUACGACAACAACAACAACAACUCCAAGAGAUAUCCUUUCAAUGAGUUGUAAUCAUUUGAAUGAUGAUUAUUCUAUAAAUAUAUUAAAUCCAAAUGAAAUUAUGCCAAUAUUUAAUAUAUUGAUUAAAGAUUUCCAAACUUAUAUCAAUAGAAUAAGUAUUAUAGAAAAUCAAUAUAAUUUAUUAAAUGAUAAAUUAAAUCAAUUAAAUAAAGAAUGUAAUAAACUUCAUAUUGAAAUGAUUCAAUUACAAUCAUCAAUUAAUAAUCAAACAAUUAUCAUAGAUAACAUAGUAACUAAUAAUUUAGUUACUAUGUCAACUGAAUCAAUCAAUAUAAGUAAUGAUAAUGAUACAGAGAAUUUUUCUAUCAAUAUAGAGAUUGAAAAUAUCAUGGAAAAAAUUAAACUAUAUACAAAUCAAUUAAAUUCUAUUAGAAAACAGAUGAUACAACAAAUAGAACAAAAGAAUACUGAACAAAUCAAAACAUUAGAUGAUGAUGAUGAAGAUAAUACUAAUGUAGAAAAUGAAGUAAAAGAAGAUAUUUACGUAUCAAAUCAAUAUAUACUUGAUAAAGAAAUAUUUUUGAACGAGAAAAGUAAAACUAUUGAAUGUAUUGAUAAUAAACAUCAGAAAGAUACUCCUAUUAUUGAUUCUACAGAUGAAGUGAUAUCACUUUUAACUAAAGUACCUAUUCCACCUGAUGUACAUUUGUUAAGUGAUGAGAAACAAUCAGAUAGUUCUUUUGAUAUUAGUAGAAUAGUUGAAGAAGAUUUCAAUGUCAAUGACACAGAACAAAGCUUACUGGAUAUAAGAAGAGAUUAUUCUACUAACGAAUUGAAAGAUACUUCUGUUAUUCAUUCUACAGAUGAAGUGAUAUCAUUUUCAACUAAAGUACCUAUUCCACCUGAUGUACAUUCUAUAAGUGACGAAAAACAAUCACAUGAUUCUUCUGAUGAUAAUAGAAUUCAUGAUACAGAACAAUUUCAGACUAUUAUUUCAAACAAUUAUACAAAAUCUACUAACAAUACGGACCAAUAUUCACUAGAGUUUGUUCUACGUUUAUUACAUUUACGUGAUACGGAACUAUUAUACAUCAUUUCAACAAAUAAUAAAUCUGAAGAAGAAGAAGAAUCAAUCAACCAUAAUAAAUAUAAUUUAUCUCCAUCUAUAUUAAACAAUCAAUUUCUCAUAAAGAAACUUAAUAAAUUCAUAUAUUGGGAAAAUAUAGAUCCAAUCGAUAUAAAUAGUAUACCAAUUCAUCGUAUUAAUAUCAAUAUGUUCGAAUCACAAGAAUCUAUUGAACAACAAAUCGAUAGAAUAUCAUCUACUUCCAAGAAUCAAUUAUUUAUAAAUGUUGAAACAAUAGAAAUGACAAAUCAAUCUACUGAUCAAAUAUCUUAUCAUGAAGAUAUGGAUUGGUAUGAACAACAUUUGUAUACGUUAGUUCAAAAUGCAUUGAAUGCAUUAAAUCAAAUGAAUCAACAUUUUCUUGAAUCGAAAAAACCAUUAUUAUCUGAACACAGACAAGAAGAGUUAAUCAAUAUCUUGACGAAAUUAUUAACAACUAUCCCAAUAAACAAUACUAUACAACAACAAACUCAUGAAAAAAAUGUUCAAAAAAGCCUUCAAUCAUCUCCCUCAUUUUCUCCAUGUUUAACAUCAUCAUUAUUAGAAGAACAUCCAGGAUGUAAUACAAGUGUUGUAAGUAUCACUACAACGACAACUUCAGGAGUUACUUGUUUUAUUCAAACUCUUUCAUCUAUUACACCUACUAAUACCACUACAACUACUACAUCGUUUUCACAAUCUAAACAGAUCUCUGAAAUAUCUGAUUCAUCUAAUUUAAGUUUUACAACAAAUUUAACUUAUCCAAGACGUUCAGAAAAAGCAUCAAUAAAUGAAUUAAUUAGUUCUGUGGAUCAUUUGAGAAAUUUGCAUGAAUUACGCAGUUUAGCCAAAUAUCUUUUAGAUCAAUAUCAUAUUGUUACAUCUGAACUAGACCUUCAGUCUGAUACGAAUUGGUGUUUAAGACAGAGAUUGACAAAUGCAAACAGUCAAUUAAACCGGUUAACAGGCUUGUUAAAUAAAAGCAGUCAAGGAUUGUCAUCGAUUGAAGAAGAUUUAAGCUUAGGAACGGACAAAACUUCAUUACGUUCAGAACAUUAUGAUGGAAUACGUCAUAAAUCACUUCAACCAACUUAUACUUUAAAUAAUUUACAAGAAAAGAAUAUAACUAGUGGUCGACGUUUAAAUUUCAUUCCUUCCUCUGAUGAACAAUUGAUUAGAUCUAGUUAUUCAUCAUCUAUUCAAACAAUGGGAAAUAAAUCAAUAUUAAAAUCGAAAUCCAAAUCCAAAUCUGAAAUAUCAUCAAUGACAUCAAGAAUUAGUGAUCCUGAUUAUUUUAUAACUCAUGGAAUGUUUAUUCCAAUGAGAAUAAUGCAAUCUAUUUCAUCACAAACGGUGAAACACAAAAAAGUAUCUUGUCUUCCACGGAACACUUUUAGUUGUGGUCCAAUUUUAAAACGUUCGCAUAAACAUCAUCAUUCUUCAUCUAUUGAUGAUACAUAUCAAUCAUUAUCUAAACCAUGCAGUCAUGAUAUUAGUGAUAAAUCUAUUGAAAUUAUUGGUAGAACAAUAACAUCAACACCAUUAUUAACAACAACAUUAACAAAUUCAUCUAAACAAUUAGAUAUUAAGAAUAAUCCAAAUAUACUAAUAUCAAAUUGGAAUGAAUUAGAGACAAGUCAACAGAAAUUACCUAAUACAUCAAUGUCUAUAAUAAAAGAUUAUGAACAUUAUCCAAAUAAAUCUUCAUCUCUAUCAGUUUCUUCAACAAUGAAUAAUGAAAAUGAUAUAAUAUGUAAUGAAAAACAAUCAUUAUUACAUGAAUAUAAUAAUAAUAAUAAUAAUAGUAGUAUUCAUCAAUUACCACAGAGUUCCACAACAACAAGAACCCCCGCCGCCGCCGCCGUCGUCACCACCACCAACACAACAACAACAGCAACAAGUCGUUCAUUAUCAUCAUCAUCCUCAACAUCAUCAUCUUUUUCAUUUACAAGUUUUCAUUCACAUCCUUAUUCUAAUGAAAGAAUUCCUAUAAAAUCAAGAAAAAUGAAAUUUCAUUCACGUUUUCUUAAUUUAUUUAAAUCUAAUUUUAAAAAAUGAUCCAUUUUUUUAAUUGUUUAGUAUUAUUAUUUUGUUGCAAUUAUCGUCGUUGUUGUUGUUGUUGUUGUCGUCGCCGUCGUCGUCGUUACCAUUAUUGUUGCCAUGACUCAACUAAGAGAAAAAAAAACAAAAGAAGAUUAGUGUAAAACAAUUAUUCUCAUUAUGUUUAAUUCAUGAUAAACUAUGUGUGUGCGUGUGUGUUUGUGUGUCAUUUUUCUUUUCUUUUCUCUUCUUUUUUUUUUAAAUUGUCAUACAAGUACCUGUGAUGUUCCUUGAUUGAAUUGAUUUUUUUGUAAUGUGUGCUAGUUUAUUACUUAAUUAUUCAAUCAUUCAUUUACUCAGUUGAUUUCAUACUGUUUUACACAUAGUUUAUUACAUUAUUGAUUUACUCUUAUUAUUAUUAUUAUCAUCUUAUUUUUCUGUUAUAAUAUAUACAUUGAUCCAUUGAAAAGGAAGGGGGGGUACUCUUAAAUGUGUACAGUUCUCUUCUUUAUUUCUUAUAUGAAACUGGAUAUAUCGAUUAUCAUUGUCGUUGUUGGUUGUUGUUGUUGUUGUUGUUGCUAUGACUUAUUGUGUACUUGAUCUGAUACAAUUUCGAUCUGCUUAUCAUCAUUUUUGAAAACUGUAAACAUUGUAUUAUGUAAUAGAUUACAGAUAUAUGAUAAAAAAAAAAUACAAAUUCAAUGAUUUCAUUAUUAAUUAGAUGAUUCUAUUUUUUUGCUUUUAUUUUUUGUUGUUGUUGUUGUUGCUGGGGAAUAUGAACAGUUAUUUAUUUUAAAUGCUUCUAUAUAGAUGAGUAUCAUGUGAAUUCAUGCAUUUUGGAUUUUUUUCUUUCUUUUCUAUCCAACUCAAUCGUCAUGGUUACUAUGAUAUAGUUAUUACAUAGUUACUGUGACAAUCUCAUUUUGUUCAGUUUAUUGUGUGUGUGUGUGUGUGUGUGUAUAACUAAAUUGCCAAAACUCUUGAUAGCGCCAUUUCUAUCAUUUCAUAAUUGAUUGAUCGAUUAUAUGAAGAAGGGGGGGGUGUGCUAGGGAAGUGUUCUAUAUUUCACAGCUUUUGCCUUCAGUUAUAUAUCUAUAUUACUUUAAUCUUCUUUCUUUUUUCUUCAUUUAUUCAUUCAUUUUCAUAAUAUUUCACGAAUAUAUAUUUUAUUUUAUUGUUUAAAUAAUGUUUAUAGGCAUAACGAUUAGAAAUUACAUUGUUUCUUCUUUAUACUUAUGAUCAAUGUCACUUUCAAUGUUUUACGGUGUUAAAGCGUGUAGCUAUGUCGUUUUUUUUUUGUUUAAUGCUUAGAUCAAUAUUGUGUAUCUCUCUCUCUGUGUGUGUGUGUGUGUGUGUGUGUGUGUGUGUGUGAGAUCUUGAUCUGUUUUUGUUUUCUCAUUAGUUAAACAUUGACAUCAGAUCAUUGUUAUGUAACAGUUUUAGGCUGUGAAUAUGAACAUUUGUCAUUAUUAUUAUUGUUGUUACUUAUUCUUGUCACCAUCAUCAUCAUCAUUUCAUUUUCAUUAUUCAUUUCAUUCGUUCAGAUUCAGUAAAUAAAUAAAUAAAUAUCUUCUGGAUAUAUUGUGUGUUUUUAUCAGAAUGGGGGUUUUGUGGAGAUUUUAGAAAUUUCACAUAUUGAAAUC